AUGAGCGACAUACCAUCGGCGAAAACUGACUUUGGCGACUACGCUAAGGGAGGUCACGUUGUUAUUGAGACACCAGGACGAGAAGAUCUUGGCUUUGCAUUAAAUAGUAGUGAUGACUCUUCAACAAAAUCCCGAGAAAUGCACCCUCCAAAUGACAUUACACUUCCAAGCUCCCUUUCCACUGCAAUUUCAGGUGCUCCUCGCAUCGGGGGCAAACUUUCUGCCAUAAGUCUAUUCACACCUCUCAUCGCUGACGUUCUCAAGCUCGCUGACGAAAUAGUACAACUCUACGAGUCUGCGCAACACAACAAAAAAAUAUGUGGUCUUCUUCUCGAUAGAAUACUUGCGGCUGAAGCUGCUGUCAAGGAUCUUAACAUUAAAAAGCAAGAAUAUCUUGUUUUUUUUACCGAUCAGAAAAAUUAUAAACUGUUCUUAAGAUUCAAGCUGUCAAUUGAAAAGAUUAAAAAGUUUAUCGAAGAUAUUUCGCAGAUCAAGGGAUUGAAGAAAUUUUCGGUUGGAUUUCUGCAGGCAAAUGUCGUCAAGAAGACGUUUGACGAGUUGACAAGCGAAUUUGAUGGGUGUAUGAGAAGCUUGAAUUUUAGUAUUACGGUUGAGACGCGAAUUCAACAACAGAAAGAUAAAGAAGUCAUUGAUAAGGAUAUAGCAGAUAUGAAAGAAUAUCUAGAUAACAUAAAAGGUGGCAUAACCGAUCUUCAAGGCGGUAUUUCUGAUGCCAUAGAAUACAUCGCAGCUCUUCAAAGUCUUCUCCAAAAACAACAAGCUCAAUCACGUGAGCCAUCGCCUCCUGCAAAGCUUUCUCAAAUAAGUUUCUCUGAACUAAUCUCUGACAGUUUCAUCGACCUCAACCAAUUUACUCAACCCGAGGGCGAAGUAAGUUCUGGUGUUCACCGUCGCCGAAAAAAAAUAGAUCACACAUAUUAUGCAUUUCGAGACGUAAACCUAAACUUGACUUGCGUGGAACGGACAAACGAAGAAGAGAAAACUGCUGUCAAAGAAAUAAGAGAAGAAGUUAUAAACACAGUUAAUAUAUUAAAGAGAUUAAAGGACUCGAAGAAUAUAAUCGAGUUUUUAGGUUUGGCUGAGGAGGGAGAUAUGAUGUAUCUGGUCUACGAAUGGGCAGAAUAUGGGACUUUGUCAGACUAUUAUACAAACUAUGGACAAUUGCCGUGGUCGAAGAAGAUAGAAUUUGCUGUAGAUAUCGCCCGAGGACUAUGUUUUCUUCAAGCAGUAAACAUUCUUCACCAUGACAUACGGUCAGAAAAUAUUCUGAUUACCGAACACCAUCAAGCGAAAAUUGCAAAUUUCGCCAAUUCGCGUGGAUUACAUGACGCAACUAGAAAUGUCGCUGCGAACUUUAUUAAUAUACGGUAUAUGGCUCCGGAGAAGAUUAUGAAUCCGAAUUAUGCCUAUGAUUUCAGAUGCGAAACAUACAGUUUCGGAAUGUUGCUUUGGGAAAUCGCAGAGGAGAAACUACCGUAUUCAGAUGUUGAAGAUAUUUUAAAAGUCCGAGAAUUAGCUUGUGAUAAAUAUUAUCGUGAACCGCUUAGUCCAAAUACCCCAUCGCAAUACCAGAGCAUUGUAAUUCAAGCAACGACAUACCACGCUUCGGAACGUCUGACAAUAACGAAAAUUUUUACAUCGCUUCAUGCGCUCCUCAAAGCGCACGCUCUUCCUCGAUCACCUCGCCUGUCCUCGGCCACUCUCCCUUCGCCAGCUGCUUCGCCACGCGCCAGUUCCGACGAUGACGAUUGUUUGAUCGAUUUUGGCUCUUUCAAUAGCCUAACUAUGGAAGAUGCUCUCAGAGAACACCGUGCAAAAAACGGUAACAAACGUCUUGCAUGGGAAACGUUCAAUUUAUACGCAGCCUUUGGAGAUGUUAAUGCUAAAUACUGGGUUGGAUAUUAUCUUUACUACGAAAUGGUGACAUUGGAUCCACCAGUCAGCAAAGAGGAGAGAUUGAAGAUGGCAGCGAAAAUGUUUAAGGAAGCUGCAGACGCUGGCUUGCCCGAGGCACAACUAAGAUUUGGCCAUUGUUUGUGGAGGGGUGUUGGGACAGAAAAAAAUGACAAACAAGCGAUCGAGUAUUUUAAGCUAGCAGCAGACAAUGGGAAUACUACUGCUAUGUACAAUAUCGGGAAUCUGUAUUAUAAUGGAAUCGAUGUCGAACUAGGGAUGAGAUAUCUAAAGAGAGCAGCAUAUUGUGGCCAAGCUGAAGCCGCCAAGGCUUGCAAAAUUCUGGGAAUUCAGUUAUAA